GCCCGCGCUGGCCCCGCCCCCCGAGUCCCCGGCCACGCCCCCCAGCGCAGAGUGAGCCGCUCCCUGAUCCCGGGCUGUCCUGACAUGGCGCACCAGACCGGCAUCCACGCUACACCGGAACUGAAGGAUUUCUUCGCCAAGGCACGUAAUGGAUCUAUCCGGCUCAUAAAGGUGGUUAUCGAAGACGAGCAGCUGGUGUUUGGAGCUCACAAGGAGCUGAGGCUGAACUGGGACCAAGACUACGACGCCCUCGUCCUCCCUCUCCUGGACGAGACGCAGCCCUGCUACAUCCUGUACCGCCUGGAUAGCCAGAACGCUCAGGGAUACGAAUGGCUCUUCCUGUCAUGGUCACCUGACCACUCUCCGGUGCGGCUGAAGAUGCUGUACGCUGCAACCCGGGCCACCGUCAAGAAGGAGUUUGGAGGUGGACACAUUAAAGAUGAAUUGUUCGGGACACUAAAGGAAGACAUCGCUCUCAGUGGGUACCAGAAGCACGUUUCAUUCUGCGCUGCUCCGGCGCCCCUUACUGCUGCCGAGAGGGAACUGCAGCAAAUCAAAAUAAAUGAGGUAAAGACGGAGAUCAGUGUGGAGAGCAAACAGCAGACUCUGCAGGGACUGUUCUUCCCUCUAAGACCAGAGGCAGAGGAGGCCAUUCAGCUCUUGAAGCAGAAGAGAAUCAACUACAUUCAGCUGAAACUGGAUCUAGAAAAGGAGACCAUUGACCUAGUACAUACAAAGCACACCGAUAUCCAAGACCUGCCGUCGAGGGUCCCUAAGGACACCGCCCGCUAUCAUUUCUUCCUCUACAAACACUCCCACGAGGGGGACUACCUGGAGUCUGUAGUCUUCAUUUACUCCAUGCCGGGCUACAAGUGUGGUAUCAAGGAGCGCAUGCUGUACUCCAGCUGCAAGAACCGGCUGCUGGAAUCCGUGGAGCAGGACUUCCAGCUGGACGUUGCUAAGAAGGUUGAAAUUGAAGACGGGUCUGAGCUGACGUCAGAGUUUCUGUACGACGAAGUCCACCCCAAACAACACGCCUUCAAACAGGCUUUUGCCAAACCCAAAGGUCCCGCAGGGAAACGCGGACAGAAGCGCCUGAUAAAGGGGCCGGGGGAGAAUGGGGAGGACAGUUAGACAGGCGACUGAUGUCCAAGUCUGGGCCUUCCAUAUGCUGCCAGGAUGGACCUGUGUAAUGGUUUUUAAGUUGAAACGGGUGGGUGUCUGCGCCCCCUCCUCUUCCUCUGUAGCUGUGGCUUCUUACAUGGACACGGUCCGGGAGAAAUCUUCCCUUUUAUCUCUUACGUUUUGCUUUUGUCUAAGCCAGAAUGAUGCCAGACCUGGUGCCAAUCUCCCCCGCAACCUCUCCGUCACCCACAUUGUGCGUGUUCCAGGUCGUGUCGCUCACGGCUUCCUGACACAUGCCACUGGCGUGACCUCAGCCGCUUUCAUCCGUCUGCAUACAAUGGACAGGAGUGGUGCAAUUAGGAGGAUUUAAUGACUUUUAUACUCUUUCUGUAGUGCUGGUAUUAGCCGCCUGUAUAAUUAUGUUACUGUUUAGCUUUGGAAUUGGGCAACAGGCAUCUAGGGUUACAUGUCAUGAAAUCGGCUUAAGGCUUCGCCAGAAAAGUUUCUCUCGUCUGGAGGCGUCGGCGGCUGCGCUUCCGAGAUGCUGGAAAAGGUGGUUUCCCUUCCCAUUGCUGUGGUCAUACUACACCGGUGAGACCUGGGCCCAAAGGGAUAGAAUCCUUUCCUGGUCCUGCUUACUGCCAAGUCACUUCAUCCCGGCCUGUUACAUUUACUCCCCGGAGGUGGCAUACAUUCCAGACAAAGCAUCAGCCAAGACCCCAGUCUACCUUGGAAAUCAGAUUAUUUCACCCUAAGCUCUGUAUUUUCUAUACAAAAUUAAUAAAAGUACUUUGUUUUUAA